CACAACUUGAGUGGUAUGCGUAGCUUCCUUCCAUGGCUCUACUACAUGCCCAAUACGAUACAGCACACUGACGAGGACUCCAUAGAACACUUUGCCAAACCGUCGACAACGCCACGAAUUCACACUAGGUAUUCCAAUGGCAUGCAAUAUAUCAGAAGGCUUACCGGAAGAGGUUAUUACAUCUUCUGCAGACAGAAAAGAACCGGUUUCCAUUGAAGCUUUGCCAAACGAAAUACUGUCUCAAGUCUUCGGAUACUUGGAUACUUCACCACCAUCACAUGGCAUUGAUGCUCUCCACGACGAGCCCGACUUUGAUAUUACAAGGUCCGAGGAUAGUCCUCUGAAGGCAUGCUCCCUCGCUUCUAAACGGUGGAGAGAUGUGUCGAAGUCAAUUCUGUUCAAAAAUGCGCAAUUUAUUGUCCGGCAAAACACAACUCGGAGCAUCAUGCUCAGCCAGCAGAUGAAGCCCUUCUUUGACUUUGUACUCGCAAAUUCUCUACGACACAUCAAUUCUUUCUCGCUAAUUGUCUAUGACAGUCGGGUCACAGAUAAUGCGAAGAGUGAACGUCGACUCGACGACUUUGCGGACUUCUGGUCUUUGUUGUUUCGAAUGAUCGAUCCUGUCAGUUUCCUUAUUGUUGCCCCACCCGAAGCUUUAGGUGCUCUCACCUCCUGCCGUGUCAUCCUUACAGAUGCGUGGAAUUUCGAUUGCCCAUGUCAUUAUCUGCGUCUUCAAAGGCCACUUGGACCGUCUCACGACAAAGCUUCAGGACCGAUCGGUGGCUCCGUGGAAAGUCUUUCUAGCCCGAAAGAUCCCCCUGUAAAAGAUCUCCAGCAGAGUGCCCAUGUGACAUCUACAAAUUUGUUUGGUAUUCGACCAUGGGACAGACUUCUACUCAAUGAAGGCUCUUUUAUCAAAGCCUAUGCCACUUACGAGUUCUGGUUGAGAAAAGCUCCCUCGAUUCUACAAGAUCUCUUCGGUGCAUCAGCUCAAAAUGACAAGGCUCACAUCAGUCCCACGAUUUGCGACAUGGAAUAUAUCGCAUUAUUUCCAAUGUGUGGUCAUUUCGCAGAUCUCUCUGAGAACUUACCAAGACUGGAUCGUCUUUACUGUCAACUUGUACCACGAAAUCAAAUUCUUUCGGAUCCCAAGAAGAUGGUUCAAGUCGAAUCCGAAGAUCUAUGGAUGGAGAGAAACGCAUCUUAUGCCUCCCUGAUGCGAGAGCUCUUCACCUCACCACCUAGCCAUAAUUACCAGCACCUCAAAGUUUUUGAAUCCGGCGAUGCAGCCGACCGAGCUGCUUGGGCGAUGGCAGUGGAGUAUGUCAAGCGAGCAGGGAAUGGUUGGAUGGUUGGUGGAGAUGGUAUCUUUGUGAGAAAGCCAGAAGAUGUCAAGCCUCUGGACGGUGAGACCGAAGUGGAACCAUCGACAUUUCAUGGCUCAUUGAUCAGGUGGGCGUGGAAUGGCACUGCAGAACUUCCAGUUUCCGCCUAUCCGUUGUAUGAUCAUCCUAUGGGGCCAUAGGCAGGCUUUUAACGGGUACUAAUACUUCAUGAAGGUGGCAUUACGUGAUUGGCUUCUUUUCGCGGACCUAUUAAACAUCAAUCACAGUUUGCACUGUGAGACUUGUUCUCGGCUUUUUGGACUUUCUAGAUAAAAUCUCAUGGUUGUCAUAUGCUCUAGGCAGAGGCACAGGCGAAGUAUGUCGAGCCGGGACGUGUCAUGGUGACCCGACUGAAGGACAUGUUUCAAUCCUUCAGCAUCAGCUUCCCCUUCGUUGCUCAUAUCACCAGACAUGUGAACACGAAUACAUGGUUUUAUAUGGAUUCAGUCGCUCCACAAACCCAUCCAUUCGUGUAUCUAUCAACGACGGUCGAUUGACAUCCUACCCAACAUGAUCAGCUCACUUUCAGUCAAGCCCAAACUAAGGGGAAUGAUGUGACAGAUCAUUGUCCUGUCAUUUGUUCUAAGUAUUGAAACUUGUUUGAGUCCAAAAGUACCGACAGGUAGGAAUCUUUGUCAAGCAUUCUGGCGGUAAAGGCUUUCCCCGCUGCUCUACAACUAUGCGUCCCUUCGUCGAUCAGUUCCGCCAAGCUUUAACGAAAAUCCUUCAAAGAUGGCUUUCACGAAAUUUUUCCAUAACAUACACAGUGGACGUAAUCCCAAUGUGCGUUCACGACCGAGGAUGCGGGUAGCUCCCCGACUGUAACUUCCGCUGAGCACGAUUUGAUAUCAGGGGCCCUGUUUCGUUCAUCCCUCAGCACAUUCCAUUAGAUGUCUCGAGAAUGCCUGGGAACUUUGGGACGGACAAGACUCCGGGAUACUUGGCUGAAACACUGCUGUACAUGGUCUCUUCCGCUCCUGAGUACCAUAAUUCUCGGAAAAUACAAGCCACAGUGCCAUUUGUGUAAUUGGAAAUUGGAGCUCCUAGCAUAUGCAACCAUCAUGUUCUCACUGUUGUGUCUUGCUAAGAUUGGUUCCCUCAUUUCAACAUCUCUUUGCUCAGAUGGUCUUCUCAUGUCAACAGCUAGUGGGGAAAUACUUGUAUCCAUCGAUCACAGUACCCCUGUCGUUCAUAUUCUUUCAAAAAUUCCUUAUCCAGAGACUCCUGUGGAAACCUCAGAUUCGAACAAAGACCUCAUAGAGCGUCGUUAAUAUAACUGCUUUGAG